AUGGCUCUUCCAAAUCAAUUAUGCUUUGCUUUAGUGAUUUUCUUAUCUAUCUUUUCCCUUUCUUCUUUGCCAACAAGUGCAAUUUUUCCAAAGGUUAAUGUUUCCCUUCCGGGACAUUUAUCAAAACUAGUAGAAAAUUUAUGCAACGGCAACAUAGUUGAAAAUCGCAAGUUUUGCCUGAAAGCACUUUCCGCUCCCAAAGCUAUUGCGACAAGGGAUUCAACCCAACUAGGAACCCUCAUUAUGAAAUUAGGAGCAGCAAAUGUCAAAGCAACAUUGAAUGUAUAUGAUGAAAUAACUAAGAAACCAGAAUUGGUUGAAGAUCCCCAAAGUGCAAACUAUGAUGUAGCUGUUAUAGGUCCUGAAAUUGCUAAUUGUGAAAAGGAGUUGAUUGAUGCAAAGGUUAAAAAUCCUCGACUCCUCGCUAGGAAUCAAUUUAUGAAAUAUUAUAUUGAAAUGGGAUAUGAGAUAACAUCAACUCUCGAGCUUGAAAAUCCAAAUGAAUGGCAUAGGCGUGUUGCCAUUGCUGUUGUUGCUGAAACUGUGAAUUAA